GGAACCGCGCAUAUAAGACAGGAUAUGAAGGGGUCCCGUCCUUAGUUUAUCAAAGUAGCCGUAGAACUCGUUGGCAAGAGCCUUCAAUUCUCGUUCGCAUUAAGUCCCUUCCCUUUAUCGGUAUCCCUUUCGCGAAUUCAUCGACGUCGAUUAUUUCCUGUGCGAUCUUCGAAGAGUUGCCGGAAGCGUUGCCGGUGUUCAAGUUAAAAAUCUCCAUAUAAGCGCCCCACGUGGGGAGGGGGUAAUCGAUCGCUAAGGAUCUGCUCGCAUUUUUACAGACGUAAGGACGAGAAAGUGAGGAGUGUCUCGUGUUUCUCGGAAAGAGUGGACCGCCAGGAUGGCCUUCGCGAAGACAGCUUCCACUCUGCUCCUAGGUCUCUGGUGGGCCAUCUUGGUGUCCUGCAAGGACCAGAAUGUCACGGAAGUCAACAGCGGGUUUAAUGAGCCAGAUUUCCCUACUCCCGAAUACAUACUACCGUGCAACAGGAAAGACCCAAAGAUCGAGUCGUGUUUUCUUAGCACGCUCACUCAUAUCCAGCCCUAUUUGGUGAAAGGUAUCCCAGAAUUGGAUGUGCCUCCAAUAGAACCAUUGGUGAUUCCUGAACUGAAGAUGGAGAACGGUCAAGGUCCGGUGCGUGUCAGAGCGAUUUUCACUAACAUCACCACGAUAGGACCAGGAAACUACAGCAUCAGCAAAGUGCGAGUGAACAUAUCAUCGUAUAGGUUCGAUCUACAUCUAUCUUUGCCGAAGAUCGAUAUUCACGGCAGCUACGACAUCAACGGGAACGUACUUCUCUUCCCUAUUCAAAGUCACGGCGAUUUUUGGGCAUUAUUCGGUGACGUAAAGGCAAUCGCUCGUAUGCAAGGUGUCGAGGAAGUGAAGAAUGGUGUUCGUUACAUGAAAAUCUCUCGAUUGUUAAUCGACUUCAGUCUCGGUCGAGCCAGAUUUCGCAUAAACGACCACCUGAACGGCAACAACGUGAUCGGCCAGGCGAUGAAUCAGUUCCUGAAUCAGAACAUCAAAGAGAUAAUCGAGGAGAUGAGACCGGCGGCCAGCUCAAGUAUCGGCAAGUACUUCAUGGACUUCCUGAACGGCGUUUUCACGAAAUUGCCCCUGAAAAUUUGGAUGCACGAUGCGUAAUAGUUCCCUACGACAUACAAAAUUCACACGCGACAUCCAUGACUGCUGCAUUACUCCAUUGAAGUGCGAACAUACAUUUCAUAAUUGUGAAAAGGUAUCAUAAUCCCUAUCAUAAUAAUAUUUGGUAAAUAGUGCGUAAGAGUAAUCAUAAUUUGUUACGAUUUGUAAUAUGCAAGAGAUACCUACGCGUAGCGAGCACUGAUUAUGAUCUGUCGUCCAAAUAAUAAGGCUGAUUUUUCAAAACAAAAUUCAUACGUAUUUUGAAUUGAACUAAAUAAUAAAAUUAUUAUAAAUUUAUUAUGCUUAAACCAAUUUGAAAGUACUGAGCCUGGAUCGACAGUGUAAACGUUUUCAAACUUUUGUUUUUAAAAUUGUUACAUUUGAAUUGUUAAAUUUCGUCGUUAACUGAUAAACUGAUAUGAUAUUCAUUUAUUAGGAUAUUGUAGUUGUAUUAUAAGUGUUUAAUUUCUUUUUUAUUACUUUAUUGCGUUGCGAUUAAUCAUAUCGUAAGAUUUAUCAUCAUAUAGAAAUAUAAGAUAGAAAUAGAAUUACGAAUACGAAACUGUAUAAAAUAGAUAUAUUUAGUAAAGCGUAAGUAUUAAGAAUUAUCACAUUUUAAUUACUCUUCAACAAAAUAAAUAAAUAUGUCUACCUCGAAAUAAAUAAAUUUUAACUUUACAAAACGACAUAUGCAAUUCAAGAAAUAAUGAAGUAAUGCUCCCGUUUAAUGAUUCAUAAAAUGUUCAAGUCUUCGAUGUUAUCGAAUUGUUUAGAGAAAAAAUGUAAUUUCUUUGUCGGAUGGCAUCAUAUUUAGGGGGCAGGAACAUGUACAAGCGAUUGUAGGAAAACAUAGAUAAAUGGGGUGUUCCAAACGGAGUAAAGUCGGCUCCGCUCUCCGCUCCUCCUACGGUCGCUCGUAGAUUCACGCCCUGUAACACGCUCGCGAGACGCUUGGCAGCGCG